GCCGAUGACUCCGUUUCAGUGAUAGACGUUACUACCAAGCCACGUCCAACGCCAUCCGACUUAAGACUAAGUUUUCCUUUCCGGUGAUGACGACGGGUAUCGCCGUGCGAUAGAAUAGAGCUCUCAUCAUGUCAAAUUACAACCCAAACCAAGAUUACUACUACGACUGGUCAAGCCAGCAACAUCAGCAACCUUACUACGACACGCCCCAACAAGGCUUCGGCAGCGACCCACAAUUCGGUACGUUCGACUACUCUUCUCAAGGCCCAAACAGUGGCUACGGUGAUGCAUCAGCCUACAUCGGGGGUUCCUCCCUCUACACGGGAAGCAUUCUCACACCAGACUCUACCAUUCCUCCACCGUACGGCGACACGAAUGGCAUAGACGACGACUUCGAGAAUGAACCACCUCUGCUCGAAGAACUCGGUAUAAACUUCGACCAUAUCAUGCAGAAAACCGUGGCUGUUCUCAACCCCAUCAAGGAUCCGGACGCAGUCAUCUUACAAGAAACGGAUCUUGCGGGGCCCUUGGUUUUUUGCAUGGCUUUUGGAGGCUUUCUGCUGCUCUCUGGCAAAGUGCAUUUCGGUUACAUAUACGGCAUCGGUGUUUUAGGCUGCAUCGCCAUGUAUUCCCUUUUGAACUUGAUGAGUGCGUCCGGAAUUUCUGUGGGAUGUACCGUCAGUGUCUUGGGUUAUUGUCUCCUACCCAUGGUGGUCCUUUCGGGUUUGUCCAUUUUAUUUUCCCUAAAGGGCAGCGUAGGGACCUUUAUGGCACUUGCUGUUGUAGUCUGGUGUGCGCUAUCAGCGUCCAAGUUGUUUGUCACUGCGCUUGCGAUGGAUAGGCAGCAGCCCUUGGUCCUCUAUCCCUGCUCCCUCUUGUAUGGUGUGUUCGCGUUGCUCACUAUAUUUUAGUGCAUGCAAAUCCCAAGUCUUCAAUGUGUGCUUUAUGUCAGCAAUCUUUUGUUGUUCAGAAAAAUUGUCCUCCAUUUUAGUCUCACAUACUGCGUGUGAAGUCGUACGCGGCCUGCAAAAGCUUGUGUAUUGCAAGAAGACAAGAACCCUGUGUGGAAUGACUUACUGUAGUGAAAGUGAGUUGAUGUAUGGAGUCAACACGAAAUAAAGCUGCACUUUCGGUACUAAGC